AUGUCUUUCCUCCUGCCCCUCAUCCCGGAUCUCCUGCCUAUGAUCAUGCCUUCAUCGGUGCACAUUGCCAAGGCUGAGAACAUGGUUGCUGUGCCGGCUCCUCGUGCCGCUUCUCCUCAACCGGUAAACGGCACGAACGGCGAAGAAACGGAGACUGGUGUCGUUCAAAAAGACGCAGUCGUUCACAAAUCCGACAAAAUGUGCGCACGUGGUGAGUAUUACUCCUUGACGGAGACGAAAAAGAUCCGACAACUGAUGGCAUGGCUAGUCGUGGUGGCCAAACCCAAAUCGUCGUCUUCCGUACAUCACUACGGCGAACAUGACGCUAUUAUCUACGCUGUGAGCGGGCCUGGCUUCCUCCUCACGCACUCUGGCGACGAGGACGCGGAGCCGAAGCGGAAUGAGCUCUCUGCCGGAGAUUUCGCAUUCGUGCCACCGUGGACAGAGCACCAGAUGGUCAACGAAACUGACAACGAUAUCACAUGGGUCGUGAUCCAGAGUGCUUCUGAACCGCUCCAGGUCGAUCUCACAGAAUGGGGCGGAGCUGAAUUAAAGCACGCCAAAUGA